CAGGACGCCCAGAGGUACGAUUCUCUCCCCUACUCCCCCCUUGCAAUCGACCCCUGGGCCUUCUGAGUGGCCCGCGGCGAGAAGCCGGCCGCGGGGAUGGGGUGCGAGCGCUCCACAGCCCCCGCGCCGUGCGGAAGAAAACGACCAUGCCGCAGGUAACGCUCCUGGCGCGAGGCGCUACCCCCUUUGCUGGCACGGGAGCUCCGGCGUGGGAGCCCGGGGCGGGCGCGAAGCGAGGCGCCCCGGGGAGCUCGAGCGCCUUCUGCAGGCGCCGAGCACGGGCAGCAAGGUCAAGCGGGUGGUCCGGGCGACUUCCGCGAGGCGCCCCGGGCCGCGCGCCGCUGGGGGCGCUGGGCUCGGGCGCCUUCUGCGGGCGCGUGGCCUCGGUGCCGGCACAACACAGGGCGCGGGCGCUGUCGCUGCCAUCGGCUGCGCGAAGGAGCGACCACGGGCAGGGGUGACCCUUCGGUGCGCGGUCUCGGAGGGCCACGGGCGGGCCAAGUCCGAGCGCGCCGGCCAGUGCUGGGGGACCCCUGUGGGCUCGCACCAGAUGGUCACUCCGACGAAGGGCUUCUUGCGCGUAGCCGAGAGAAGGGGCGCGGGCGCUGCCGCUGCCGGCCGCAGGCGUGAUGCCUGCGACCGCUGCAGGCGCUGGCCGUGGUGCCGCUGUCGGCGACACCCACCAAUCCGAAAAACGAGGGGCGGCGAGAGGAAGCGAGGAGCGGAGCUGCAGGUGGGAAAGAGCAGUAGAAGGAGGAGGAGAAGGAGGACAGGAUCAGGAUCAGGAUCAGGGUAAGGCCGCUGGGGGUCUGUCUCAGACUGUAGAACGCUUAAAACACUCGGCGGACCGUCUAGGUGAGAGGAGGAGGUGGAGAGGGAGGAGGAGGAGGAGGAGGAGGAGGAGCCACCGCUGGAUCACUGCACGCAGGCGAGGGCGUCGGCCCGGCAGGUCUGGCAGGAAGGAUCGCAGGCGACGAAAGCCGCUCGAGUGGUGCUGCAGUCAUUGUGGCCAUCGUCCUCAAGGCGCCGCCAUCAUCCUCUCCUGCGCCGGAACUGUAAUGAGCGGUUCUGACUCAGGUUGCGGUGAGGGGGCGCCGAAUAUAACAUUCCCGCAGCAUGCGCAGGCUGGAAUGCCGUCUCGCUUACCACCAAAUGGGGGACACGUGCAAGCAUUGAUGCAACAUAAGAAUUUGCUGUUCGAGUAGAUACAAUCGCGAUCCGACGGGCAGCAGUCGUCGGUGUAGCAUGUGCUGCGAAUGCAGCAGACCUUCUUGUUUGACUUGCAGCACGGGUCGGAACAACGCGUGAACCCACAUCCCAUGAACAAGCAAUAAUACAGCAACCACGUGUCAUUCAUCAACUGAGCAUCUUGUUUGGGCAGGACGACCUCACCUGUUUCUCCGCCACAGCGCCGGUUGCAACAAGCGCAGAGUGGUACGCCAUCAUUCGGGCCACCCCCAGGCGGGCAACUCCAAUGGUUCACGACACAACAGAACUUGGAGAUCUCGAAGCACACGCCCAUGCCGCCCUCGUCCCAGGGCUCGCUCUGGCAGAGAUGCUCGAUGCAACAGUUUUUCUCCUGCGACAUGCACAGCGGGGCUGUGGAGGGGGAAACGCAACCGUGACCACCGCAGGUACAGGGACUGGUGCAGACCCACCAAGCGUUCUUGUAAAAGAUCUCAGCCAACCUUUUACGAUGGACGUUUCUCUCUAAGACCCGAAAUGCAGCUGCUGCUCCUCCCGGCUGUGCCGCACCCGGGCCUGCUGCCGCUGCCAUAACUACCUCGUGCCUGCGAGGUGAUGUGAUCUGAGCCCAGCCUCUGGCACUUCAAUAUGCGGGCACUCUCGUGGGGAACGUAUUCCCGGGAAUCACGGCGAUGCACAAGGAGGGUUAAGGUGAUAGAACUUUUGAUAAUAGUUGUUCCAGGAGGAAUGCAACGUGAUUUGAAACUCCCUGAGCCAAAAUGGCGACU